UGACAUUUUGUUAUCCAAAUGCAUAACAGUUAUCAUGGCAGAAACAAAUGAUAAAACCGAAAAGCCGAAAACUAAAGUAAAAAAUGUAAAGGGAAAAACCGAUGAAUUUAUUCCUAGAGAAGAGUGGCCAUUUGAGGAGGCCUUGGCCGAUGAGUAUGAGCGAGGAUUGGAAACGAUGGAUGUAUAUACAGUAUAUGUAGAACCAAAACAAACGAAUAAUGUAUUAAAAUUUGCACAGAAAUAUUUAGCCUCAUUAGAAGGAUUAGAACAUUGUAAAAGAAUUAGACGUAUAACUAAACCAGAAACCGACUCUGGUUUUAUUUUGGAAGUUUUAAUGUGUUUAAAAGACAAGUUAUCACAAACAGAACUUGAACAGUUAUUGUUAAAUAACGAACAACAACUCUAUGAGCCAACCGUUCAUGUUGUUUCUGUACCACGUUAUGCUCCUCUCAAUCGACAGCAAUAUGAAGCAUGGCAUCAUUUAUGGCCAUUAUCGUAUCGUGAAGAUACUCGAUUAGAUCCAAAAUUUACAAAAGAGGAUAUGACUGUUAUUCAUGAUCAUAUGCGACAUUUACUAUCCUUAUCCACAGUGGCUUGUCGUAUUGUAGAUCCUGAUACAAAUCAAGUUUUAGCAGAAGGAAUAGAUACAAGAAAGGAACAUCCACUUCAUCAUGCAGUUAUCAACUGUAUUAACCUUGUAGCCUUAAAAGAGAAUGAAGUGUAUGGAGGUCGAGGAAGACAAAUGAAGAGAACAGCAAAUGAAAUGACAGAUAAUGAGCAAUCAAAGAAAACAGCUUAUUUAUGUACAGGUUAUGAUGUUUAUAUCACACACGAACCCUGUGCUAUGUGUGCUAUGGCGCUUGUUCAUUCCAGAGUAUCACGUGUAUUUUAUAGUAUACCCUCAAAAACAGGUUCACUUGGAACAAAUUAUAAAAUUCAUUCACAUUCAAGUUUAAAUCAUCAUUAUCGAGUAUUCAAACAUGUUUUAUUAAAAGAAGGAAAUCUAUUACUUUUAGAUUCUUCGCUUGUAGAUCAAGAAUUAUAAUAAAAUGUCUUUUUUUUUUUACAUCUCCG